AAGUUUUUUGUAAUUGAAAUUUCAGAAUUUUUACUUUUUAAGUGAUUCUUACGUAUUAUUUAUUACAAUUACAGUAUUCAUGUAUAAUUUUUUGCGUAUUUGUAAACAUUUAAAAAUAUUUAGAAUAGUAAUUUAUUCAUAACAUUAAUACUAAAAAUCGACUCUUUUAUUUCUAAUAUAGUAUAGUGUAUUUAAACUAACUGUUUCUUAACAAAGUCAAAACUAUGUUUGGAUGUAUUGAUCAACAGAAUGUUUAGUAAAAAAGUGCAGGCCGAUGUGAAAAAAUCGGCUCACAAAAUAUUAGACCCUAAAAAAGACACUGCAACCAGAUUUAAACACCUCAAAUUAUUAAUUGAUAAUUGUGAUGAAAAUGAAUGUAAACAUUUAUUUGAGAAUAACUAUAGUAGUAUCUACCAAAUAUUUUAUGAAAAUUUUUUAAAUAUUGAAAUCAAUUUAAAACAAAGAGUUACUAAAAUUUAUAAAGAUGAAUUAGAUACUAUACUUACAAUUUUGGAAAAAGUAUUAACGUUAUGUCCAGAAGUUGUAGCCCAAAGAUGGCAAUGCCACAGUAUUUGUAUGAUUAUUACAAAAUUAUUACAUCCCGAAAAUUCUUGGCGUUUAAGACGAGAAGGAAUCAAAUUUUUUGUUCUGUGGUAUCAAGCUUUGGGUUACAGUGCUCCAGAUUCUGUGCAUGCAAUGUUUGCAACUCUUGUCCCAAGUUUUCCCAGUCCCAUACCUGAGCAUCCAGGAUUGAUUACUCUUUGGUCAAGUCAGAUUAGUACUAAUAACUUCAUAGAUCAAAAGCAAUAUCCUAUAGGACCUCUAGAGAUAACUGUUUUAUAUGGGCCUCAAGCGGGGGAAAAGCAACCUGAUGAUCUAGUCAAAUAUUAUCUAGAAUCACUUCUUGAAUUCAUGGUUAAUCAGGUUCCCCGAAUAAUAUGGAAAGAUCAAAAAAACUAUCAGAGACGAUCUUUUAACUAUUUAUUUGAAAAAUUCAAGCAAUAUUAUUUACCUAUUAUAUUUCCAGAUUACUCAACAUCUACUGAUAUAUACAAUCCUACUAUAGAAAUUCCUGAUAGUUUAUUUCAAAGCAGAAGUGAUGCCUAUAGUAGCUGUCGAGUUUGUGUAAUUAAAUGGCUUGCUGGAUAUACUCAAGACAUAAAGCAAAAGAAUACUAACUAUCCAAAUAUAACUAUGAUUUCAAAACUCAUUGGGGAUAAAUCACAAUUGGAAGCAUUUGAGAUUGUUAGAGAUACAUUAUACAAAUCAAGAGAAAAUGUAAAUUUAAUCCAUGAAAUUUUUCGACAAGCAUUUUUGUUAAAUUUUACUUGGGCUAUGGCUAUUAGAAGAACUAUAGCUGUUUAUAAAGAAUGGAUCCAACUUAGUGUUUCUCAACAACCUCCAUUUAUGUUGGAACCAGAUAUGUCAUCUUCACAAAAUUCAGAUAACAAUAUUAUUCGAUAUGAACCAAAAAUUGGAGAUAUAAGAGCUGGAUUUCAGAAUGUUCUACAAUUAUUCAUGACUAAUGCUAUAUAUGUGUUUGUAACACAAAGUGGCUCUGAAUAUCCAGCUUUAUUAGAAGAACAAGUUGAUACUUGUAAAAGAGUGCUUAACAUAUAUAGAUAUAUGGUUAUGCAUACAUAUAUGUCUGUAAAAACAUGGGAACAAUUAUUAAAUGUAUUAUUGAGAAUAACAACUCUUGUUUUAAAUAAAAAACCACCAAGACGAAAAGAAGAUACACUCUCUGGAAAAUUAUCCCCUGCUAUAUUUCAGACUUUGAUUGUUACUUGGAUAAAAGCAAAUUUAAAUGUACCUAUUUCUGAAAACCUAUGGGAUCAGUUUUUAACUGUACUCUGUUCUCUUACUCAAUGGGAAGAACUCAUUAAGGAAUGGUCGAAAACAUUAGAAACUUUAACAAGAGUUUUAGCAAGACAUGUUUACAAUUUAGAUCUUGCUGAUUUGCCUUUAGAUCGUAUAAAUGAUAAAAAAUCUAGAAGAAAACUUGGAAGCAACAUGUGUAACUUAUCAUCUUCACAAAAUAGUGAACAACAAAAUACUAUAACAGAAGUUCAACUGAGUAAUUUUAAUAAGAAAAAAACAAUUGUGAAAAGAUCCAAUAGUGAUUCUGAAAUUUCAUAUUAUUCUUCAUACCAAAAGUAUAGUGAAACUGAAACAUUAUUUAACAUAACAGAAACUCCUACGGCUGAUGAUAGUAAACUAAACUGGAAAGAAGAAAAAGCAUCUAAAUGUUUAGCUAAUGUACGAAAAUGUCAUUCAUUGGAAAACUUAACACAACUAUUAAUUUUAAAUGGAAGAGAAUCUAAUUCCAGGUCACCCUCUCCUGUACCAUCAUCUGGAAUUGAUAAUAAUUUAUUUAAAGAAGCUCAUAUGCAAAUAGAAAUUAUGUCAACUCAACCAUCUUCCUCUGAAAAAGGAAUAAAUAAAAAAUCAGUCAUGUCUGGUGGGGAUAUACGAGGAUGGACACCAGAUGUUGCAGCAAUAUUAUGGCGUAGAAUGCUUGGUGCUCUUGGAGAUAUAAAUGCUUUAGAAAAUCCUGUUCUACAUGAACAAGUUUUUAAAUAUUUGUUAGAUCUUAACACCAUAAUGACAAAAAUUUAUGAAAAUCAAGGUAUGGUAAAAGAAGAAUGUUUUGCCUCGCUUGAUUUAGUUCCACCAAUUUCAAUUAUUGCACCUUGGUGUUUUCAGGCUCUUACAUUACCUAAAUCUUAUAGAAAUGGUAAACUACAUGCUUAUAAAUUAUUAUGUCAAAUGACUUUAAAUAAUAGAGAAAUACAACCAGGGCAAAAGUAUAUUACCCAGUUUUUGAAAGUAUUACAUUAUGGUUUAACAUCAAGUGAUCAAGUAGAAAUUGUUAACACUAUAUUAAAAAAUACAGGACCUCAAUAUUUUUCUUAUCAACUACCUGGUUUUACUUUGUUAACAUUAGAUUUUGUUCAUGCUUGUAAUGAAGUUUUAAGUGGAACAAAUAUAGCUACGGCUCCUCGAGCUGAAGCUGCAUCUAUAUUAGGGUCAAUAUUGAGUUAUCCAUUAAAUCUUACUAAAGUGCCUUAUCUUAAACCUGACUGUCAUCAGUUUAACAUUACAUACUGCCCAGAUAUCAAAGAUACUGUGAUUAUGGUAUUGUUAAAAGUAGCAAAAAGAGAACCAUUAGGAUUAGCCAGAUGCAUCACACUUUCUAACUUAGGCAUGUUUUUGUGUCAACAAUUGGGUAACAAUAGCAAACAUCCAUGUGUAAAAGAAGCUAUUAUUACCUUAUUACUUGCAUUACAAUUUAAAAAUGAAAAAGUAUCACAAGUAGCUUGUGACAUUGUUUUGCUAUUACAAGAUUACAUUCCAAAUUUGUUAAAAAAUUAUCCAGACAUACCUCCUAAAGUACUUGAAGUAUUAGCAGCAACUUUGACAAACAUGCUACCAAUUGGUGAUGGUAAUAAAAGACUUUUAACAUCACUAGUUUUUUGCUUGGCAGAAUGGACUAUGCAAAUGCCUAUUACAUUAUUACUUGAACCAAGAUCAAAACAAAGUUUAUCCAUGACUGUUUUUAUGGUUAUUGACGCUAUUAGUAGAAAUUUUAGUGAUAUGAAAAUUGAAAAUUUAAAGAAAGCUACACAGAUAAAUUUAGAUUAUUCUAAUGAGUUUAUAUUUGAUAUAGCAUUAGAUAAUUUGAAAACAGAAGAAGUGAAAAAUAAUAUGUUUGGUGAUCAUAAUGUUGCACCUACUCAUUUAAAUAGCAGCCGCCAUUCCCUUCAAAUUGCUUCUAAAAUGAUAAUGAACCAUUUAUUAAAUCAUUUGGGACAAUUUCCUAUGUUGAUUGGUCCUGCUCGAUUAUGUUCAAUGGUCUCUGAACAUGAUGAUGUAUUGAAUUCUACUACAGAUCAAUUAACUAUUGAUAUUUUUUCUGUACCUAGCAUACAAUUAUUCAUGUCUGUGACUAAUAUGCUAAUUACUUCCAUGAUUGAAUUACCUGCAUUGGAAGUACCAGGUGGUGGAAUUACUGCUGGAUUAAGAACUGGUCUUAGUCAAGUUCGGAUUAUUCAAAGGGACUUGAUUGGAAAAUCAUGUUGGGACAUUUCACCUUUAUAUUGUGGUCCUAAUUUUGACCCCGAGAAAUAUGAAAAUGAAAAAAAUGUUAACUCAACUUUACCUCAACAAUGUGUAGAUGGAGAAUCCAUAAUGGUGUAUUAUAAUACAAAUUUUAAAACUCCACAUACAAUGCGGCAUCGUGCUCCUGAUGUUUUACCAAUAUUUGAAAAUUCUGCUGAUGACCUUGAUAAUUUAGAUGAUUUAUUACAUUAUAUUGGAUAUACAAGUUCAGAGUGUUUAGAAGAUAUGGAAGUAUUUUUAAACAAUCCUGCACCUAAAUCGCCAAUGUCUUCUCAGUUAGAGCAAGAUGUGAUGAGUACAAUUUUAGGACAACAAAAUAUGGAUAGUAGUUAUACUGAAAGAUAUAAUUCUCUUCAUUACAACCGAUUUGAAAAACGACCUCAAUGUAAUAUGCAUGUUUCCCCAUUCCAAAAUGGAAGAGCACUGUUUUCUGAAUUGGGCUUUAGUAGCUGGGAUCAACGUCAUCAAGUUUAUCAACUAGAAAGAAAUGAAAAACUACUAAGGGAACUAAGAGUUCUGGAUGCUCAAUGUUGCAGAGAUACUCACAAAAUAGCAAUCAUUUAUGUGGCUGAAGGUCAAGAAGAUAAGAUAUCCAUCAUAUCUAAUGCUGGUGGGAGUCAAGCAUAUGAAGAUUUUAUUUCAGCAUUAGCUUGGGAGGUGGAACUUGAGACACAUAACGGUUUCUUGGGUGGUUUACAACGUAAUAAAAAUGCUGGAACUACAAUGCCAUAUUACUCAACAUCAUUCUUAGAAGUUGUUUUUCAUGUAGCUACUCGAAUGCCAACAACAUCAAAUCAAGAAGCAUAUAUUCAAAAGGCUAGGCAUUUGGGUAAUGAUGAGGUGCAUAUUGUUUGGUCAGAACAUUUUAAAGAUUAUAGACGUGGUAUAAUUCCUACUGAAUUUUGUGAUGUUUUAAUUGUGAUAUAUCCACUUCCAAAUAAAUUAUUUAGAAUACAAGUUUCUAGAAAACCAGAAGUACCUUACUUUGGUCCAUUAUAUAAUGAAGUAAUUGUUCAAAAAUCAAUACUUGCCAAUGUUGUUCGUUGUACUGCUAUUAAUGCUUCAUGUGCUAAGCGUAGUAUGAUACCAUUCUAUCAGCAAUAUUAUGAAGAAAGAUGGAGAUCUCUAGAUAUGGUUAUGAAAAAUUAUAAACAUUUAAGCACUUAUGAAGAAUUUAUUUCAAAUGUAUACUCGCCAUUACAAACAACUUCCCAGUUUCAACAGCCAUUUUCAUCUAGAAAUUCAAUUGACAAAUUUAAAUCCGAUGAUGGAUCAUCAUCAUCAUCCUCAUCAAAUUUAGCAUCUGCACUUAUAGAUUCCCACAGAAGUAGGAGUGUUAAAGGAAUUUCACUAGAUUGGUCCAUCAAGAAUGGAAUCAAUAUGGAUGUUAUAAUUUCUGCGGGGAUAUCACCAAGACCCCACAAGAAAUUAACUUCUUAUCAGAACCAUAUGUGAUAGGGAUAUUAAACUUGAUGAACUGGAAUUACAAAGUGCGCGACUCUAAAUAGAACAUGCUUUAUACCUAUAAUUGAAAAUGGCUAGAUUUUAAGUUCAAAACUUUAAAAAGGUUGAUGAUGCCACAACUUAAAAUAUUAUUUAUAGUUAAAAUUAUUAUAUCAUUUAAGAAUUAUUUGUUUAAAAAGGAUCAGGUAUAGAAUAAUAUGGUUACGGUUUGUAAUUUAACCGUGUUUAUACAGUACAAAACAAAUCAUAUUUUAAGAUGACUUAGUCUGUUAUAGUUAUUGCUAAUUUGUAAAAAAAAAAAAAAAGUAUUUUUUAUUGUAUUAAUCUUUAAUCCGUCCUAUGUACUUAAGUCAUUUUUAUUUGAAAACUUAGACUGACAUUUUAUUUACAUAUUUCGUCCUCCAUAUAUUGUUAACUUAUCCUAAAAUUUUUAAUUUUUUUUACAUUUGAAAUAAUUGUAAUCAUAUUUUUAAAAAUAAUUUCUAAUCAUUUUAUUUAUUUAUUUAUUUUUUUUUUUUGUAGCAUUAUUUAACAUUUUUAUUACUAAUAUUGACUAUUACCAAAAUAAAUAUACAAUAUGCAAUACUACAUUAUGUAGUACUAAAAAGUACUUGUUUAAGUGUGUUACUUUUUUUUUCUCUUACAAUUUUGUGUAAAGUAGAUUAUAAUUUUAUUAUUUGAAAUGUAGUACUUAUAAAAAUAUUGUUGUAGGUACAUAACUUAGAAUUUUUUCUAUUUUUAGUAAUAUUUUUGCAAUUUUUCUUAUAUAAACUAUAUAAUAUAUUAAAUAUUUUUUUACGUGAUUUUUUUUUUCUUCAUAUUUAGUUCUAACAUAAUUAAUUAAGUACUAAUUUAUUAAUUAUUAUGAAUUUUUUAUUGCUUGCCUGAAAUAAUUUUAAAGUAUUUAUUUCGUGCGAU